AUGAGCAUCAUCGUCAACAAAAGUUCAAUCUCCGAGUCGUUCAAAACCAACCCGAUCCCAACCACCCAAAUCCUCCCACUCGACCUCCACAACCUCCUCAGCCUCCCCGACUCCCACACGUGGCCUACUUCCCCCGUCCAACCGCCACCGCCGUCCGCCACCAUCCCGGUGGUGGACCUCGGCCGGCCACCGCAUGCAGUCGCGUCGGCGGUGAGGAAGGCCAGCGAUGAAUGGGGAGUGUUCCAGGUCACCAACCACGGGAUUCCGACCACCCUUCUCCGCGAGGCCGAGUUCGAGGCCAGGAGGCUGUUUGCGCUGCCGGCGGAGGAGAAGCUGGCCGUGGUCCGGUCGCCGGACGGGAUCGACGGGUACGGGCUCGCACGGAUUUCGAGGUUUUUUGCCAAGCAAAUGUGGUACGAAGGGUUUACGAUCAUGGGUUCGCCUGUAAGGCAUGCGAGUCACCUCUGGCCGAACGAUUACGCCAAUUUCUGCAACGUUAUGGAAGAGUACCAAGCCCAAAUGAAGGCCCUAUCAGAGAAGCUCCUCGGCAUAAUGUUCAAGUCAUUGGGCCUAGCCCAAGACGACAUCAAGUGGCUCCACUCCAAAACCAAUCACCACCCACCACAGGCCGUCCUCCAACUCAACUCCUACCCGGCCUGCCCCGACCCGGCCCACGCUAUGGGCCUGGCCCCGCACACGGACUCAUCCCUCAUCACUCUCCUCCACCAGAGCAGCAACGCCACCGGCCUCCAAAUCUCCGGCGACGGCGGCAACCUCUGGAUCCCGGUGAACCCGAUCCCAGGCGCGCUCACCGUCAACGUCGGCGACCUGAUGCACAUCGCCACCAACGGGCGGUUCAAGACCGCCCUGCAUCGAGCGGUCGUGAACAGGACACGUCAUCGCGUCUCCAUGGCUUACUUCUACGGCACGCCACAGGAGGUGAAGAUAUCGCCACCAAUGAAGCUGGUCGACGUGGACCAUCCACUGCUCUACCAGCCUGUGACGUGGAAAGAGUACCUUGAUGCGAAAGGCAAGUAUUUCAACAGGGCAUUGGAGUUCAUCAAAUGUGAGGCACUCUUCAUUGCAGAUAGAUGCAGGCAGUUAUGA